AUUUUCACUAAAACAAUAACAGUGGAGGUUUUGUUGAUGAAUAUGGCAGAUGAUCAUGCUGUCAAACAAGAAGAAAAUAUUACUCAAGAAGGUUGCAGUCCAGAACCUAGCAAGACUGAUAUUGGAAGAAAAGUUCAUAAAACUGUUGAUCUGAAAUCGUCGUCGUCGUCAUCAAGCCAUGAUGAACUUGAAACUGCAAAGGAAGAAAACGAAAGAUUGAAGAUGAUGUUAGAGCAGAUCCAGAAGAAUUACAAGUCUCUUCAGUCACGCUUCCUUGAAAUUAUUAAACAAGGAUCCGCCAUUGAAGAAGGUUCAGAAGAACCUGAACUUGUUUCACUUUCACUUGGAAGAUCAAGUCCAACUGGUUCCAAGAAAGAUGAUAAAAAAACAACAAUCUGCAGCAAAACUGAAGAAGAUGAUCAUAAUAAAAGUGGUCUAACUCUGGGAUUGGACUCUAAAUUUCAAUUGUCUACUGAGAUUGUCUCAAAUCCAAGCCAUGAAAAUAGUUCAGAAGAAGCAAGCAAAGUUCAAAAGAGACCAAGUUCUGGUGUGGACCACGAAGAGGGAGUUGAACAGAAAAGCCAAGUGAAGAGAGCUAGGGUUUCUGUAAGAACCAGAUGUGAUGCACCAACGAUGUAUGAUGGAUGUCAAUGGAGGAAAUAUGGCCAGAAAAUUUCAAAAGGAAAUCCAUGUCCUAGGGCUUACUAUCGUUGCACUGUUGCACCAGACUGUCCUGUCAGAAAACAGGUGCAAAGAAGUUUUGAGGAUAUGUCCAUCCUGGUCACAACUUAUGAAGGGAGCCAUAACCACCCGAUUCCGGUGUCAGCCACCACUAUGGCGUCCACGACGGCGGCGGCAGCUUCCAUGUUGUUAUCCGGCUCUUCAACAUCUCAACCAGCUCUUUCAACUGAAAUCAAUGGACUCAAUUUCAGUAGCAGCCUUCAUGAUAAUUCAAGAUUACCUUCGUACCCAACGAUUACUCUAGACCUCACCGGCUCACCGUCCUCCUCCUCGUCGUUUAAUUAUUUCAACAGGUUCCCCACCAACUGCCCGGCAACACCCAGAUUUCCUUCGACAAAUCUCAACUUUUCUUCACCACUAGUAUCCAAUGAAUCAUUCACCCAAGAAAACUACUUUUACCAACAAUCAUUGACAGACACGUUAACCAAGGCAAUCACAUCAGACCCUAGUUUCAGAUCAUUGAUAUCUGCUGCCAUUUCAUCAUUGGUUGGCCAUAGCAGUGCAAAGCAUGGAGAUGGAACCGAUCAAAAAGGUGAUAGUUUUAGUCAGAAUUUGAUGCAGGCGGCCAUUAAUUCUCAAAGUUUAAAUGAUUCAUCAUUACGUGGGUCAAGCUACUUCAAAGGAUUUGAAUCUUCAAGUUCUAGGAUCGGAAGUUCAAAUCAGUCGUCUUCAUUGUCGUUUUCUAGUUUCAAUGCUGCUUCUACACUUGCUUUUGAUAAUAAACAAGGAAAGAAUUAAUGGAUAGUAUUGAUAAAA